AUGAGGAGAUACCAAGCCCUCAUUAAUGGAGCACCGAUAACACGAUUCACCAUGGCAACAGGAGAAACGAAGGACUCAACGCCCUUUUCUUUCAUUUUAAUUGGUCCCAGGGGGCGUCCGACGGCCAAUAAGAUCACUUCUUACCUGCGCUGCGAGUCACCUGGGCCUCUGGCUGCAGGGAGGAAACACCUGGAGGAGAGAGAGAGAGCUCAGCUUCUCAGGACCAUCAUGAUGUCACCAGACGAGCGAGCCCUCGAGGAGCUGCUGUGCUGCAGAGACCUCGGAGACGAGGCGGCGGGGACGGAGGAGAGCGCUACUCCGGCAGCCAUUUCUCUCCCGGAGCCAAUGACGUGUGCCGGAUGUGGCGAGCAGGUGUGCGACCGCUACUUCCUGUUGGCUGCCGGCAGCGUUUGGCACAGCGCGUGUCUCCGCUGCAGUCGGUGUGAGUGUGAGCUGCAAACGCAUCCAUCGCUCUACUGGAGGGACGGAAACAUCUACUGCCAGCAGGACUACUGCAGGAUGUUCGGCGGAGGUCAAUGCGCUCGCUGCUUUCAGCCAAUCCCGGCUUCUGCUCUGGUCAUGAGGUCCGGUGAGCUGACCUUUCACCUGCACUGCUUCUCCUGCGAGGAGUGUGAUGCUACAUUAAUGCCGGGGAGCCUGUACUGCAUUCAGGGUCAGAACCUUUACUGUCAGGAACAUUAUCACAGCGACCGGAGCGGCCCGCUGCCUCAGAACCCCCCGACGGACCCAAAUCUGAAAGAAGCUCAACACCUGAGCUCAGGUGACGGGGACGAGUCCGUCAGCAGUCCUGAGCCCCGAUUGGACGACAGGGCGACGGGUGGGCGGACCUGCAGGCGGACCAAGCGAAUCAGGACGUGUUUCGGCAGCGAGCAGCUCAGAGCGCUGGAGUCGUAUUUCGCCCAGAAGCACAACCCCGACGGAAAAGACUGGACCUGCCUCACACACAAGACGGGGCUGCCCAAGAGAGUCCUGCAGGUGUGGUUUCAAAACGCUCGGGCCAAGUUGAGGCGCUCCCUCUCCGCCGACGACUCUCAGGUUCACUCCCCAUCCUCUCCCCUGAGAGGCGUCGCCGCGGCAACCGCCUCCCCGCAUCCAGCCCGCUCCCCCGACGACCAAUCGCAGCCCUUCUUCCCCACCAGCACCAUCGACCAGCUCCAGCUCUCCCUGCUGACCGCCCCGCUCAGCCGCCAGUCACACCACCAGCAGCAAAACCCCGCCUUAUUCCUGGACUACGACUCCCAGAAUGCACCUGGGUAUAGCUCCUCUCUGGAGGCCUUCGGGGACUUUGGGGAGAAUGGAAGUGGAGGAGGAGGAGAAAGAGAUGCUGAUCCUGAAGUUGAUCCUUUUAGACCAGAUUACUGUUAG